GCUAGGAGGGUGGUUUCGCGCAGCGGCCUGACAGGGCAAGCUUGGCUCUUCUGUAUCCACCUGGCUUUGUGGUUAAGGCCGGGUCGGUGCCGCCGGGCCCGGGAAGAUGGUGCUUGGUGGUUGCCCGGUGAGUUACUUGCUUCUGUGCGGCCAGGCAGCGUUGCUGCUGGGAAAUCUACUUCUGCUGCAUUGUGUCUCUCGAAGCCACUCAUACAAUGCUACUGCAGAGCUCGAGCUUGCGUCGGCGGGCUCCGCCCACCAGGAAGGCCUGACUGGUGCUCUGAACUGGGAAUACGGCGACCCCCAGUCUCCAGUCAUCCUCUGCUCAUACCUACCUGAUGAAUUUAUACAUUGUGAUGACCCAGUGGAUCAUGUUGGAAAUUCAACUGCAUCCCAAGAACUUGGUUACGGUUGCCUCAAGUUUGGUGGUCAGGCCUACGGUGAUGUGGAACACACUUCUGUCCAAUGUCAGGCCCUAGAUGGAAUUGAGUGUGCCAGUCCUAGGACCUUCCUACGAGAAAACAAACCUUGUAUAAAGUAUACCGGACACUAUUUCAUAACCACUUUACUGUACUCCUUCUUCCUGGGAUGUUUCGGAGUGGAUCGUUUCUGUCUGGGACACACUGGUACAGCAGUGGGGAAGCUGUUGACACUUGGAGGACUUGGAAUUUGGUGGUUUGUUGACCUGAUUUUGCUUAUCACUGGAGGGCUGAUGCCAAGCGAUGGCAGCAACUGGUGCACCAUUUACUAAAAAAGAGCUGAUGGCUGCUAUACCCCAGAGAGACAAGUGAGUGUUCUAUCUUCUGAACUCAUCUCUACCAGGUCAGAAUUCUACGAUUAUCAGACCUGGACACUUCUCUCUUUGGAGAAAAUGGGUUUGUAAGAAGAGUUCUUUGGAUGAUGGAUUUUCAACCCAAAUCCUACCUGGCAGACUAGAAUGACAAGUAAACAGUAUUGUGAGGAUCAAAUUUGUACCUUUCCUCGUGUACAAACUAUAAGGCUAAUGACUAACUUAUAAACUCCAAACAGGCUUCCAAAUUCUUCAUUUCUGUCAAUUGUUCUGUCUCCACUCCAAGGUAGGUGGAGUGUUUUUAUCCAUGUACCUUUUGCGACCCUGUCUUCAUGCAGAGACAACCCAAAGCUGAGCCAAUGAAAGUCUGUAGCAAAACUAGAAAUGGCCAUGGAUUUUAAAACAUGUGAAAUUUUGACUUUUUGAAUUUAAAUUGUAGUAUAAAUUUUGCCCACCUGGAGUGUUAU